AUGAUUAAGAAGAAAACGAUCCUAAUUCUCCUAUCAAUUUUAUAUAAAAGAAAGGGAGUGGAGGACUAAGUUCUAAUCAGAGUGAAAACAAUCAAUGAUUAAUCUCUAAUAAAGUGUUUUUAUUAAUUAAAAUUCAUCAUUAAAAUAUAAAAUAUAUAUUUAAAUAUAUGUAUUAAAUAUUCUUAUUACAUCUAAAAAUAAAAUUAAUGCUUUUUUAUAUGGUAUUUAUUUUCUUUUAAUUAUAUCAAAAGGAUUUUUUUUCAUAAAUUUGGUUUUAAUUAAUUAAUUAAUCAAUUAUUUUUCCGUUAAAAAAUAUUAAAGAAAAAAUAAUUAAAAAUAAUUAAUUUGGGAAUUAACCUUUUUUUAUAGUAAAAAAUGGUGAAGAAACAUCAUAUUAUAAUGUUGCACCAAGUCUUUUUAUCUGGAACCUUAUUCGUGGAAAGUUUUUAACAAAGUUUCGCACAUCACCAUUUAUAUAAUAAAAGGCAUUCCGAGAUAAAUUAUUUUGUGUUAUUUGACUUUCAUGGAAGAGAUAGUAAAAAUGAAUAGAUGAAGAAACAAAAAUUAUUCCAAGUAAAAAUUUUUAAUAUGCCAUUUAGAUUUACCGGAUUUUAGCCUAUAGUUUCACAAAAACUCUAUUCAAUCUAUCUCGGAAGUGGAGUCUAUAACACUUGCUAAGUUUAUUACUUCUUUUUUUUAAGGAGUAAAUAAACUAAUAAUUAGUCCUAAAUGAAAAAAGAUCUUUAUUGGUUGAAGAAGCUUUCAAAAUUCAAGAAUCAAAAGACAUUUAAAUAUUUUGUAAUAAAAAUGAAAACCAAUAUUAUAAGCGAUAAGCAUGCUUAAUCAUGA